AUGGCCGAGUACGAAGACAAACUCUUCGUCCGCCUGCGCGAAAUGCCGCAAGAACUGUUCGACCAAAUCGAAGCCUACGUCAAAACCCCAGACCCACCAUCAGGCCGCAUGAUCAACAUCGACAACACCUACACACCACCCCCCUUCCUCCAACUCAACGAAUACUCUCGCAGAAAGUCUGCUUCCACCUACUACUCCACCAACACCUUCUCCUUCACCGACCUCCAAGUCUGCUGGAAGUGGCUCGAAGCUCUCAAGAAGGAACACGUCGAGCAGAUCAAGACACUUCGAUUCUACCCCUCUCGGCAUCCUACUGCGCAACUCCUGCGCCUGGACGCCCAGGAAGCAGAACGCGCCGUCAAAGCUGCGCUUCUGAGCGCGCAUGGGAAGUUGAAGGCUGGACUUCAGGUCUGGCAGCCGGACGAUUCGGAAGAUCGAGACAAGUGGUUUUUUGAAGACAAGUGGUUUGUGUUCGAGCUUGUUCGCGCGCCUCCUAUCCUCAGCGGUGGAGUUCCCGGCUCCUGGUGGACUCCCAUCAUUGGCGCGUCUCAGGUUCAUGCUCUGGGCGGACACACUCUUGCUGGACUACCUACCAUUCCCAUGCCUCCCUUUCCAAGCUCUCUGAUCGGUGGGCAGACGAGUUGGGAACAGUCGUGGGCUGUGCCAACGGAGCACAUGCGCUCGUGA